CAAUUCGACGACAAUCAUUCAGAGGAGAGAACCAAAAAGAUGUCUUUUUCCAACUGGUGGACCUUUGGCCUAUGCUCCGGCUUACUGCUUGCACUGACAGUAGUGAGUUUCGUUCAACACCAUGUGAGUUGGGUUGUUGCUGACAUUACACUCACUAUUGUGAUGGCUUCCAGUCUGCUCGUAUUUUGCAUCGGGAUGCCAUUUUAUCGUUAUAGGACGCCGACAGGGAGUCCAUUGACUCCGAUGGUUCAGGUGGUUGUUGCAGCCUUUAGCAAGAGAAAUCUUGCCUGUCCUUCGAAUCCUAGUCAGUUGUAUGAAGUUUCCAAGUCACAGAAGACAGAGGGGAGGCUCCUCUUGCACACCGACAAGCUCAAGUUUCUUGACAAGGCUGCAAUUAUUGAUGACAGGCAAGAUUCAACUGAGAAGCAACAGAAUCCAUGGAGACUUACAACUGUUACUCACGUAGAAGAGAGAGGGGAGGCUCCUCUUGCACACCGACAAGCUCAAAGGAUCAUGUCGAAUCGCUUGUUUCAUUAG